UCUGGAAGCAUCAAGUAGUUCUUCAACUAUUUUCAGUGCAUCAUGGAUUCCUUCUGUAGAUUUUACUGAAGGGGAUACAUAUCAAGUACAUAUACUACAAAAUGAGACACAAAAUUACUAUCCAUCAGAAUGUGGGAAACCUUUUUAUGACGAAACUCAAACCACCUCAGACACGAAUUUUUUAUAUUAUUAUGGCAAUCCCGAUUUUAUAGUUUAUUUAACGGUGUCUCACGUUAGAGGGGAUGAACUUAGUAAGGGAGUCACGACUGUGUUUGGAAUGAGCUAUCAAGCACCCGACAAGGAUUUAGGAGCUUCAUAUAAAAACAAAACUAUAAUCACCGAAACUGAAGUAGAUCUGCAAGGAAUCCUUAAUUGGCAUUUUCCUUGUCCACCAGGUGGUAAUCUUACAUUUGAGAUUGAACUAAUGGGAACUUAUUCGGAGGACACUUCGAUUUCUACAUCAAAACUAUUGGAUGUUCCAAUAGUGCAAAACUAUGAACAAAGCUUUGAUUUGAAGGAAUAUUUAAACUAUUCAUUCAAUUACGAAGUCAGAAUCAAACCUAGAAACGAAGUCGGAACUGGCAAAGUAUCAGUAUUGACCUUCAAAACUGACCCUAAUUAUCCUGGAAAGCCCCAAAAUCUUAUUGUGGAGGACACCGGCACCGAAGUGACGGUUAGCUGGGAAGAACCCGAAGAAAAGUGGGGAAAAAUCGUCAAUUACCAUGUGGAGUUGGAGUCUUUGGGUCCGGCUCCGGGUGGGUUUGAUUGCGAGGAGGAAAAGGGUACCAAAAUUGUGGACACAACCGACUUAACCACCACGUUCAAGUCCAAGUCCUACUACAGUUACAACGUGAGAGUUAGCGCAGAAACGACUGUUGGACGUGGACAAGCUAAUGAAGCGGACCAUCAAACCAAAACGAGUCCGCCAGAAGCGGUUGAUGAGCUAAAAGUGGAAGAUAAAAGUGUGGAUAAUCACCAGGAUAAUGUUGAAUUGAACGUUGAAUUGAACUGGAAAAGUCCUUGCACCAGUAACGGCAAAUUAAUGCUAAUACUUGAACUAAACGGCCAAUACACUGAAGAUCCCACCAAUACUCAAAGUCAAAAUUUUUCUAUUGAAGGCACAACACAAAAUUUUGAUGUGUCUAAAUAUUUGAAGUACUCCUAUGAUUACAACGCUACUAUUAUUAGUUCCAACGAAGAGGGGGAAGGCGGUAAAAAUACUAUAGCUUUUAAAACAAGUCCAAAUUGUAAAUCAAAUUGUUUUACAACAGAACUUUUGUCUAUUAAAAUAUGUACUCAUUUUAGAUCCUGGUGA